AUGUCGUCGGAGAAGCCAUCCCAGAAGCGCAAGCGUCAGGAGGCGACCGCAGCCUCCGCCGCCGCCGUGACCAUCGAAGCCAACCCAUUGGCGGCAAACUAUGGCGAGAUCCCGUUGAACGACCUCCAGUCGAAGGAAAUCUCUUGGAAGAAGUGGACGGAGGUGAAGGACCUGACCGCCGGGCUGAAGGACCAGGAGGUGCUGCACAGAGAUAGUAUCAUUGAUGCUGAAGAGAUUGUCUCCGUGCUGGCACAGCCCAUCACUGGUACGACUCGACAGAACUCUAAGUCACCACUUGAUCUGUAG